UGAAAUUUACGAAUUUAGUUUGUCGGAAAAAACCAAAGCAAUUCGACAUUCCGCCUAUCCCAAGGGUUUAGGUAAAACCCUAAUAUCUGCUCGAUUUCCAUCUUCAUUCACAGUUCACACUCUGUAAAUGUAAUCUGAUGUUUCUCCAUAAUCCUUUCCUAUUAUCUCCUACCAUUAUCAAAUCCUAAUUUUAUCUCAAUUAUGGAACACACUGACGAUGAUUUCGGUGAGUUAUACGCAGAUAUCGAAUUUCUGACGAGUUCGAAAAUCAAUAAUCAACCAGAUUUUUCUCAACCCUUCACGAAAACGCAACAGCAACAACAACAACUAAGGAUCAAUGGUGUUGAAAUGGUUGAGUUGAGAGAGAAUGAUGCUGGAGAAGCUGGAGGUGAGAGGUGUGAGAAGGAUUCAAAAUUGUGCAAUAAUGAGGAUGAGUUGAUUGUGGAAAAUGGCACUGAUUGCGAUGACGAUGGCGAUGAUUUUGAUGUAUUUGUGAACGAUGAGGAUUUUGGAGCGAAAAAUGGUAGCGGAGAUGCCACUAAAUGUUCCGAGGAGAUAGAGGGUGCAUUUGUUGCUGAUUUGAGUGGAAAUGAUCAAAUGCAGGUUGUUGUUAAUGGAGUGGAGCAGAAUGAUAAUGAUUUUGGUAUCGAGAAAGUGAAUGUGGCGAUAAAUGGUGGGAAUUCGCAAUGCAAGUAUCCAAGAAGAAAUGGGUCGUUUUUUGUGGGAAAUCAACGAGCUACAAGCUCCUGGAGAUCUGACAAGCAGGAUGUUUGGUCUGGUGAACCGAGAGUGCCAGGCUUAACUCCUGGUUUUGAUGGCAAUGGAAAUAGUUUUUGGCUUCCAUGGUACAGGACUAUUAUGGAUGUAGACAUUCAUACAAUUGAGCAUAAGCCUUGGAGUUAUCCUGGAGCUGAUGUAACAGACUACUUUAAUUUUGGUUUUGAUGAGGAAAGUUGGAGAAACUAUUGUCGUUCACUGGAUCAAUUACGCGGACAAAUGCUCAGUCAGACUGGGAACCAAGUUAAUGAAAACUUAAGUUUCAAGCUGGAAAAUGGAUUUCGACCUAGUAUGGAGCUACAGUCUGAUGAAUUGGCUGGAGCACAAGCUAUCCCUAGUGGGCUUAAAAUACAACCCUCUCAUGAGUUAGAUUUUUCUACCAGGGAAUUUAAAAAGCAAAUCGGCCAAGCUAUCCAUGUAAAAGAUAGCAAUAUUGAGCGUCAGCCGUCUGCAGAUGCUAGGCGUCCACGUAUUUCUGAUUCCAAUGUUAUCAUACAGCUAACCAUGCAAGAUCCAGUAGAGCCAUCUAGAUCACGCAGUGAGGAACUAGACAAUGCACUUGAAACUCAAUACAAAAGCUCAGAGAAAAGGUGUGGCAAUGGGAAUCCUGAGCUGGAAGCCGAGAAAUCUGGUGGCUCCAAGGCUUAUGAAAUGGGGAAGGUAUCAUUUGAGGAAAGGUUUCGAUGUUCAAGUAUGUCAUCUGAUUGCAAAAGAUCACACGAGUCUGCAGCGGUAUCCAGUCAGGUGCAUCAGCAUUUUGAUGAUCAUAGAAAAGUUCAGAAAUCAAAGCUGGAAGUACUAGCUUCGCAAAAGGCUGAAACCAUUAACAGCUCGAUGGAGGAUGUUGAUUAUGGUUCCAGUAGCCACUCCCGGUCUUAUUCAAAUAGUUGGUCUGAGGCAUCAAAAGAUGAUCAUUGUGAUUCGAGAAGAACUCGAGUUUCAAGAAGAAUUCAAGACACAAGAUCAUUAUCAUCAAAUUCCAUAAAGGAAAAUAUUAAUGUGGAUUAUCAAUGUUCGAGAAAAAAAGUGGAUAUUAAGAAAGCGAAAGAAAGUGGUGGUAAGUAUUGUUUGAGAGUAAAAAAUUCCAUUGAUGUAAGGGUCAAGAAAAACAAGCCGAGGGUUCGUAGACGUUUGGAGGUUAAGAUCCGUACUGGUUUUGAUGAGGAUAAUGGUCGAAUUGACAUUGCAGAUAACUAUGGUGGUGUGGGUUGUGCAAAGGCUCACCGCCGCAGGAUUGAAGAAUGGUACCCUUCUUCUGAUGAUGAUGAUUAUUGGCCUAGUCACAGGGAGGAUAACUCUUCUCCUGGCUGGUAUGAGAGAAAAACUGUUGAAAACCGGCUCCAAAAAGAAUGCUCUAGUAAUUUUGAUCAACAAGAUCAUUGGGGGUUAAGAGAUGAAGGAGACUUGUUUAUACGAAGAAAGAGGGAUAAAGAGCAAUUCUUUUUUGAUAGAAAAACACAAAGGAGAGGUGUAAUUGUUAAAAAAGAUUGGCAUCUUCGAGAAAGAGAGUGUAUCAUUAAGGACGAGAAACCUUACUUCCAUGAUCGAAGACAUUCUACUUUGAAUUUUUCUUCCUCCCAUGACGUCGAUUGGUCUGAACUACAAAGGGAAUAUAAUGAUGAUCAUUUCGUUCAAAGAAGUAAACAUAGACGGGCUUUGCAACAUAGAUAUCUUGAUGAGCGAGUUAACAGUAGAUUUGUGAGGUCCAAUCCCUUGGAUGACAGGCAUAGCAAGUAUUUAGAUUCAGAUAUUGAACAUGAAAGUUGCUUGUGGCGUUCUGGAAGAGAAUUAAGAUCAUUUGAUGAGGAGGACGAGUACUUUGAAGGUCCAUUGACCGUGGAUUAUGCUCGAUAUACUGUAGAUGAUGAAGAUGAAUACUGGAAUAGACACACCUCUGCAUAUAUUCAUGAUAAUUGUGAUGUAUCUUUUACCUAUGAUAAUAGAAGACUUCAAAAUACCCUCAUUAGAGAUGAUGCAGAUGACCUUCAAUUGUAUCAGAGAUAUGAAAGACAUAGUAGGUCUAUCUCUGCCAAGAGGGGCACCAGUAACAGACAAGCAAAUAAUCGUAGGGAUGCUUAUAGUAGGCAAUGUCGUGCUAGAUACCUUGAUGAGGAGGACUACUUUGAAAAAAGAAAAAAUGUUUCUGAGUCGAAAUUUACGACUUGGACUAAAGAUGCAGAGUUUGAUGGAUAUUUGGAUAAUAGUUUCCGUGGGAAGAACAUGUCCGGUUCUUUCAAAGGUGCUCCAAGACCAAAAUGGUAUGGCAGUAAGAAUGGAUUUUCACCUACUAGGAUGGAUAUGCCUUUGAGGGGCAACUUUGGGGUGGUGAGUGAUGGUGUUUGUAAAUCCGAGUUUAAGUUGUCAACAAGAGCUAAUUCUGAAGAGAAUAGGCUAUGGGGUUGGAAUUCAAUGGAAAUGCAGCAUGUUGUUAGGGAAAAAAAGGAAAGGUGACCUGAUGAUUUCAAAUGAGUGAGAGAGGCUGAAAAUGACUGUAUGGCAGAAUUGAGGAAUUUAGGCCUGAAAAUCCAUAUGACAAGAGAAAGGAAUACACAGAGGAGAAUUUAUGCAAGAUAGGGACUAAAUUAUUGGUUCAUGUAGCUGACCCCAUUUUAUGUAAUAAUGGCUUUGGCAUUGUUGAUAUCUGUAGAACACUCGAAUAAAAGAGUGUGCUUCUUUUGGGGGGUUGUAGCUGUUCAAAUUCACAAUUAUUAAUCUCAUUAGCAAGUUUCUUCAAGCCCCCAAGUAAAGAAAAAUUCUGCACACUAAUAUUAUUUCCUGUUCGUAUCUGGGGUCUUGGUAUGCAAGUAAAAAGUGGAUGAUGUUGUGCUUGUCACCGCUAUCAAUAGGUUUAUGCUAUUUGCAAGGGUUAUGUUGUUUGUUGCCUUUUUCCUAUUUAGUGUGAUUGGUUAUAACCUACAAGGUCUGAUCAUAUUAGAUUUUUGGUAUCCAGCUGAAGCCGAUGUUAACCUAGGAAUUCUUUUGUAAAAUGGUAAUAUUGUUCCUGUCACAAAUUAUAUUCUGAUAUGGAGGUUCGGGCCCUAUAUUUUCAGUUUUUUUUUUAAAGUAGUGGCUGUGUAGUAUGUUUAAUUCUUUGAUUGAACUGUUUUCUCAUAUCUUAAGCAUGCUACUGUAUGUAUGCUUUAGAAGCCUUGUGACAAAAACGAACAUUCUUUGUUGAGCUAUGACUUCUCAUGCUCUCAACGUCCAUGUAAGUGCUUGAUCAAGAAAUAGUGCCUACAGACAGUGACAAUACUUCCAUACAUAGACUUUAUGAUAGCUCAUGUGACAUGCUGUAAUGGCCAUCUCUGAUUUUCGGUUCCCCAUUAUUUUUGGUCCAAAAUGUGUGAUUAUGUUGUAUAUAUUCAUGCAUGCACAGUGCAAAAUAUUAGAUAUGAUUGUGGUUGCAAAACCACUUUCACCAUCAAUAUGGAUGGUUUUGCGAUUAUUGCGUCCGGUAUUGUGGUCAAAGCAACCUCAAAACCUUUACAAUGCGGUCACAUUAUGGUGAUGUGGGCGAUAUUUUGUAAUAUGGUCAAUGAUGGAUGCUUCCAUUAGAUAGGAUUACUUGGGUGUUUAUGAGAAUUUUCUUUAAAUGUACGUUAUGUUGAGUUGAAUUGGAAUAAAUUGGUUCAAUGGUCUUAAAUUUUACUGUCUUUUGGUGGCGAAAGAUAAUUCAAUUUUUGAGAAUGUAGAAGCUGAUUCCCGUAUCAAUUUGGUGGUAUGCAUUGAAGGAGAGGUUUGAAAAGUAUUGAGAGUAAAACUUGUGGAGCCGGUCACUUCUAUUAUUUGGAAUAACUAAAUACUUUAAUGAGAUCAAUGAAGUAUAAUCUUUGUUAGCAAUGAUCUCUCCUUGAUUUUUAUUGUUGAUAUCAAGGCUUUCUCAUGGUUAUUUGGAUGAAAUAUGAAGCAUCAUAUUUCUAUGUUAAUGUUGCAUACCCUUUCUAGAGUGUUUGGCAUGGGGACACUAGCCAUCAUACUAAUUUAGAGCAUCAUACAUCUUGAUUAUUAGACUUCGUGAUGUAUUAUUCUUUAUAUUGAAAGUUUCAAUUGUUUGCUUUCGGAGACCUUUAAAUGAUUUGAUGGCAUGAUACAUCUUCAUCUUGGCUGUUCUUAUAGUUUGACACCUCCUGGGUGUAAUUGUUUACUAUUAUAUUUUUUUUGUUUAGUAAAGGGCCUUAAUUUAGUGAUUGCCAUUUGUUUUUUUUUAUAGAAGCUAGACAUUUACGGCCCAUUUGCUUGUUGGUAUUUUAUCAUCGUAAUGGAAAUAAAAAUAUAAUGUAAUGGUAACAGUAAUAUAAUGUAAUUUUGCUAGAGAAUUUAAUUGACAAAGCUUAGGUCAUAUUUUUUUUCUACUCUAACCUCUUUUUUUUCUUUAUAAAAUUCAUUCCCAUCCAUAACCACUUAAGAAUAUAGUAUUAAGUGGUAAUGAAAAAUUGUGAAGAAAAUACAUGUUUAAGGAUGAGAUUUUCAUUACCUAAUGAAAGACAUAACACAUCUCAUCAAAAUUAACACUUCAUUCUUAUUAUGACCAUUUACUACCAUUGACCAAAUGGCGCGUUAAGAAUUUCAAGAAUCCUUUGGGUGACUGACAUCUGAUGGGCCUGAUGGCCUAUUCACUCGGCUGUUUUGAGUAUUUUACUGUUGGCUAGACACUUGAGGAUUUCAAGAAUCAUUUGGGUAAGUGAUGGCCUGACCAUCCCUAUUAGAACCUGUUGCUCUAGUGAUGAUAUCUAUUUGUUGUAGCUUUUGGUUAUUAGGCAGAGCUUGCUCUGUGGAUUGCAGCGGUCGCCUGCUCAAACUUCAGCUUGAAGCCAAAUGAACCAAGUACUGGUUAUUGGAACGUUAUGCUUGCAUAAAAGAUUAGAUCAAUACUUUGCCUAAAGAUACGCACACUUCAUUUUUCUCACGUGCCAUCUCUAUAUGUUGUCAAUGUCAGGGUUCAUUUCUCUCUUGGCAGACUAUCUAAUAAGCAUUUUAGCUGCAGGGUUUUUAGCAUGAAAUUUUCUGUCGUUCAAAAGACAUCUAAUUUGUGAACAUAAGUGUGAAAGAUUGUAAAGGUAUAUCAUUCUAUAUAUUGUCGUUGUCAGCGGUUUUCAUGCUGCAUUUUAACUUGUCUUCUAGCUGAAAGGUUUGUCAUAAGAAAGUUCAGAACAGUAUGACUAUUUCGAAAAGAAAUGUUUAACCUUACGCAUUCAUGCUUGGGCAUGCAUCUGCCAUGAUGAAUUUCAACUGUUGUUUUGUUCUGCUUCAGUGGAUUCCCUUCAUAUUAUCUAUGUUGAACACCCAUAUCCAUGCCCAAAUCUGUAUAUUCUCUUUGUUUUCUUUGUCAUCUGUCUACUGAGUGAUGCGUAAUGGCGGUUUUCCAUUCUUCUAGAUUUUGUAUUAAUGUGCUCUUCUCCUCUGUGAGUAUCUUUUUUCUUUCUCUCAAGCUGUCAAUCUAACUUUAUGGAAAUGGGGGUUGUUAGGCAAUCUUAGCCCAUGUAAACUUGGCAGGGCUUGCUUGAAUGAAGUUUGGAUGCUAUUUUGUCGUCACAGAAUCCUCUUGUUUCUUACGUACUCUUUGAGGUUAUGCCUUAGGUUUUUUUUAGUUGGCUAAUAGAGAUAACUGCAAAUGUUGAAAUGUCACUUGACUUUUUUUCCAUGUUUAAUGUCAGAUGAAUAUCUGUGGUUCAUGUUCUGAUAAAAAAAAAGUGCGGAUGAAGUUACUAACAGGCUGAUCUGCAUGAGGAUGUUCUGAACUUGCUUGUUUGGUGCUUUGGCAUGUGGAAUUCCCUCUUUGGUUUGUGUAGUUUGAGGGAUUGUACAGUCAAUUUAUUGUUCUAGUUCUUGAUUACCCGAUAAAUGAUGUAGAGCUGAUUUAUAUCUGUCCAAGCUGAUUGCUAGUGUUGCAUGUAGGUAAGGUUUCAUGAUGUUCUCGUGGUUCAUAUUUGAAGUUAUGACAAGGAAUCUAUCACAUGAGUUAAAAUCAGUAAUGAUAAUUAAAAUGCAUCUUUUUCAUUAUUUGUUUUUUCUUUUCUUGAGGGUAUUUAGUAAGGAGGGUAAAGUAGUACUUAAUUGUUCAGGAGUCUUUGGUAUUACUUGCCUGAUUUCUAAUUGUCUUUACUUCAGUCUCCUUGUGUUUUUGUAACCUGAUUCCUCUUUACGUGUUCGUGAACAUGUUUAGGUAUUCCUUAAAGGUCUGUUGAAUACUGCACUUCUUUGUUAGUAACAAUCUUAGGUUCUAAGUUGAAUAUUUGUAUGUCUGAGGUUAUGGUGAAAAGGAAUAGCUGGUUUAAGGCUAUAAAGAGUAAACUGUUGUGUAAGCUAUUUUGACACUUGAAAGAUCUACUAUUUGGACUUUGUAUAUGGUUGUGACAAACUGACAUUCACUAGGCUCACGUAUUUUAUGAUUUCUUGUUCAUCUCCUAUUGAUAAGUUUUAUGUUGCUAGGAUAGACUUGUUAAUUGUUAUUCCAGCCAAAUACCCAACUGCAAAAUUUUCGUCUAUAAUAUUGACCCGUGACCCAUAAAACCCGGACAAUGGAUCAAACCUGAUUGUGAUCUAGAUUCCAGAGUCCAGACCCAUAUUUUAUUUUCUGAGUUUGGUCAACCUUUUGUGUUCCACAUCAUCAUUUUUAAUUUAAGACCUAUUUUUUCCUCCAUUUUUUGUGCUUCUCCUAUCAAAACUUUAAAAUUGCAUAUUGGUCCAUUAUUACUAUUAUAAGAUCUAAUCAUAUAAUCAUAUAAUAGAGAAAAUAUAUAUAGUGUGUUUUGAUAAAAAUUUAAAAGAUAAAGGAAAAAUAGAAACCCUUGACUGCAUUUGGUGAACCCAAAACCGGUCAAAUUGGAAACAACCCAACCACAGCCAGACCCGGUUUCAGCUUAACCGAUCCUUUUGACUGGUCAUGUUAUGGCUAUUGAACUCCAGCCGAAGGUAUUUGUGCUAAUCAAAGUUUGAAAUCAAUAAGUGGUCUAAAUCUUGAGCUGUAUGCAAGUUUUUUUUUGCUGAAAACUACUGCCAAGGUGGAAAACGUGAGGAUUAACAGUCUCUCUAUAAGCUCAUUUUGGUGAUUUUUCAAGACAAGAAUUGAAUUCCUAUGAGAUUGAGUAUACUGUCCUUCAUUAGUUCAGUGUUAGAUUGUUAUUUAUUAUUCUUGUACUCAUCAUGAAAAACUGUUAUUGCAGUAUUAUUUACAUUUUGUCUUAUGUAAAUUGCACAUGAGGUUGUGCUGUAGUAAAUAACCCAUGCCCAAGGUUGUGUUAUACUAUAAUUAUUAGCAGCUAUCUUAUAUGCCUUUUUAUGGGACCUUCUCAUGGAAUUACCAGCUUAUCUUGUUAUGUAUUCAUUCUGUUCCUUUUUGUCUUUGAAGAUACUUUAGUUUGUUCCUUUUCCCCCUUUCAUCCUUGUGUUGGUUGUAGAGAAGUCGUGUUCUUGAAUGCUUCUGGGAGCACCUUGUUUAGGUAUCUCAUGGGAAUUCUAGCUUAUCGUAUUUGUAUUCAUUCUAUCCUUGUUUGGCUUCCUUUUUCCCUUUUCAUCCUUGUGUUUGUUGCAGAGGGUUGGCGUUCUUGAAUCCUUCUGCUAGCGCCUUUUGUAGGUAUCAAGUAUAUGUGCUGCAGUAUUUGACUCUGAACUUUUUCGUAAUGGGGUUGCAGCAACUAUAGGUUUCUCAUAUUUUAUGUGUUUGGAUAUUUGAAUUAAAAAACAGGUUCUUGUACUGCAUUUUUAGUUUUGCUUGCAAACAAAGCUUUAAAUGUAUUUGCUCAUACUAUAUAGGUACAGACUUCAGUAGUUUAUCAUGUUGGGUUUAUAAAUAGUUCAUACAUGAGCUAAUCUUUGAUGUAGCUAAUCUUACGGUAUUUGCAU